CCCAUUCAUCCUCUUCAAUUCUGGAUUAUCUAAUUGGUUUCAUUCAUUUCUUUUCUGAUCAUCUUCUUUAUCUUACAUACUAUAUCUCUUCAUCUUCAAAUCAAAUCGAAUCUACUGACAUUCUUCUUAUCAUCUCCUCAAAGAACAAAAUGACACUAAGCUCUAUAUCACCAUUUGAUCAUCAUUCAAGUGAAGAAGAAACUACAUUCUCAGCUCAUCAUCAUCACAACCCUUAUCUUCAUCAAGAUUAUCGUCAUCUUCAUCUUCAUCAGCACCAUCAAAUGAGACCUAACAUGACCAUUGAAGUGAUUGAUUCGAGCACAGAAUCUUCGAGUUUAUUACAUUCACCUAGUUCAUCUUCCAUCUCAUUCUCAAAUUCAACUCAAUCUGCCACUCCUCCAUUAACACCCAUAGAAUCUCAACAUCAUCAAAUCACUUUACCUGAGAUCGUUCAUCAUUCAAUCGAUCAUUCUCCUACUUCAUCUUGGUUUCAACCUCAACCGAUUCUAUCUAAACAUUAUCAUCUGUCUUCAAAAUCUCCCAUCUUACCUUUACACAUUCAUCAAACUAUUCAUCAUCAAGCAACUCCUUCAAAACAAGAAGAUCUAUCACAAUCCGAAUCGAAACUAAAAUCAUCUACAGUCAUCAAAUCAAACCCAAACCCAAACCCAACACUCUCAUCAUCCAUCUUGAUCUCAAGAGUCUUGAUCUUAAUCGGUCUAUCAGUUUCUUCAUUCUUAGUGAUUGCUUAUCUGGUGACGACUAUCCCAGGACUUCAACUACCUACUUCCUUAUCACAAGUAUCAAAUCAAAUCCAUGAUCUAAGACAAUACUCUCAAUCAUCCCCAUCCCAAGCCUUACAUUUAUUGAUCAUCAUCAGUUUGAUUUUGAUAUGGAAACAAACCUUUUCGAUCCCAGGCACGGUGUUUUCAAACGUAUUGAUUGGCUCAUUAUACGGAACAUUCUAUUCAACACUCUUGACUUCCUUCUUAACUGCUGUAGGAUCGACCUUUGCUUAUUCUUUAGCUAUGAUUGCAAGACCUUUGAUUUAUAGAUACUUUCCUAAUGCUAUUAAAUCAGUUAAAAACUCUUUGGAUUGUUUUAAAACUCAUUCUAAUCAGUAUGAUCAAUUUGAAUUAAUUAGUUAUUUGUUGUUGGCUAGAUUGAUUCCUAUCUUACCUUACUCGGCUUUGAAUUUAACGUCCGGUGCCAUAGGAUUACCGGUCUUGCCUUUCUUUUUGACACUCUUCUUUGGUUCUUUACCUUAUAAUUUCUUAACUACUCAAGUUGGACAUCUUAUUGGAAUCGCUACACGAAAUCAUCAUCAACAUUUAUCGAUUUGGAAUUCAGAUUUGUUAUUCAAAUUGGUCUUUAUUUCAUUACUUUCUUGUCUUCCAAUCUUAUUUAAAAAUCGUUUGAAAUCUUUAAUCUUAAAAUUCAAACGAUUUUCUCGUUCUUAUCUUGGAUUUUAAUCUUCUUCUUUUUUCUUUGCUUUUUCUUUGUUUUGUUUUUCUGAUUUCAGUUUUUCGUGUUUCUAGUUAAUUUUUUUUUGAUAUCUUACUUUUAGUUGCUUGUUUUUUUUUUUCUUUUUCCUUUCCUUUCGUUUCGUUUUUUUUUUUUUCGUUUCGAUUUUCUCAUUUCUUUUUCCUUUUUUAUCUUUAUCAUGCUUUUCUUAUUUUUAUUCCAAACGACAUGAUUUUCAUUAGUUAAUAUUCUCAUCAUGUAUCCUCUUUUUUUUCAAAUCCCAACUUUUCUUCUUCUUCUUCUUUUAAAGUUAUGAACAUUUUCAUGUUUGAUUCAAUGAUUCUUUUUGGUUGUUAUUGUACAUAUUUUAUACAAACCAAAGUUUAAUGAACAGUUUUGAUGAAUGACGU